CUCUUGGGAUCUCUUCUUCGGCGACUGCAAUUUUUGAUACCCUUGAAUUUUCACGUGCUGAGGGCAGGAAGUAGUGGGACGUCAUUCCAUCAUAAGAGCACAUACUUCGCCAUGGCGCCGCGAUCGAAGCCGGAACCUAUACAGCAGAAGACCAGAAAUGCGGAAACCAAGCUGGAUGUCCUUAUCAUCGGCGCAGGCCUGGGUGGACUAGGCGCCGCAAUCUCCAUCCUUCUCCAAGGCCACAAUGUCCACAUUUUCGAAGCUGCGUCAGAAAUCGGAGAAGUCGGCGCAGGAAUCCAAUGUCUUCCCAAUAGCACACGGAUACUCAUGUCUUGGGGGCUUGAAGAGAAGCUGGGCAGACACGCCACGCAUCCCAAACAGUGCAACUAUUUGGGCUGGAAAGGUAAUAAGCUCGCGCACAUGGACUUUCACGCCUACUCGGACCAGCUAGGUACCCCGUUCUGGGACUUCCACCGCGCGAGUCUGCAUGGUGAACUACUGGCCAGAGCGAAGGAGCUGGGUGCCGAAAUCACGACCAAUGCCAGAGUAAUGGAUAUCGAAUACGAGGACGCAGGGAACGGCACCACACAUGCCAUCGCAGUAUUAGGUGACGGAAGAAGACGCAGUGCCGACCUCGUCGUUGGCGCGGAUGGCAUCAAUAGUCGCUGUCGCGAAAUCCUUCUAGGGAAAUCCGACCCACCCCUUCUUACCGGAGAUCUGGCCUACCGCCUUCUCCUCAACACGUCCGACAUGCUCGCCGACCCCGAACUCCGUCCGUUCAUCGACUCACCGCAAGUCAACUACUGGAUGGGACCAGAUGCACACGCGGUCAACUACGUCCUCCGCGGCGGCAAACUCUUCAACAUGGUGCUACUCGUCCCCGACGAUCUCCCCGCCGGUGCAAACACGCUCGCAGGAAACGUCGACGAAAUGCGCGCACUGUACCAACACUGGGACCCGCGAAUCCCCAAACUGCUUGCCCUCUGCGAAUCCGUCACCAAGUGGCGUCUCUGCAUUCGUCCUGGGCUCGACCCAACAUGGUCGCACCCAUCCUCCGCUUUCACGAUCCUAGGGGACGCGGCGCACGCUACACUCCCGUACCUCGCGUCCGGCGCGGGCAUGAGCCUCGAAGACGGCCACGUCCUCGGUCUCUGUCUAGGCAGGCUAACAGGCACAACGGACGCGGACAAAAAACUCGCAUUGGCCGUGUAUGAGCGAUGCCGACGGCGUCGCACGGAACGCGUCGUCGCGCGCGGAACCACACAGCAGCACUUAUACCAUGUGCAUGACGGGCCGGAACAGCAAGAGCGCGACGACUUGCUGCGCAAGUACUCUGCGCUUGGGAAUCAGCCUGCCACGACGGAGGAACUGGGACUCAAGGGAUUGAAGGAGGAAGGGGAUCCGUUUCCGUGGCGGUGGGAAGGCUGCGGGAAGUGGUUGCUGACUUAUGUCUGCGAAGACGAUGUCGAGGCGAGGUGGGGAGAAGUCAGAAGCAAGAUAUCCGACGACCAAUCUUCUUUUUCUUCCUCCUCAACGCAGGACAUCGAAAUCAGAUCUGUGCUGUAGUUCCCGUUAUAUCUCCCGUCUCACAAGCUAAAUCUGAAUAUUCUUUUCCCUUCCUUUUUUCCCCCUUUUUUUUUUUAGUUCCGCGUCCCGUUUAAGAAGUCCAUCACGUAGGUGAAAGAAAAGAGGCGCACACUGGGAUCAGCUGUCACCACUCUAUCGAGGUUUUAUUGCGUGUUCGACAUUUAUUUAAUGCCUGCAAGAUGCACAUUGCGACGCUGCUUAAUAGUGUGUU